AUGCGCACCUAUUCCUCAAACAGAAAACAUGCUCUCAAUCCUUCUCCAGACGAUCUCCCGCCAGCGAAACGCGUAAAGCACCUUAAAUCCGUCAAAAAAGUUCAUUCGAAACAACAGACACUUACACAGCUGCACUUUUGCAUCGACCAGACCAUACUCAAAGCCUGUUCGCGGUGCGGUCUUUCGUUUACCAAAGGCGUUCCUGACGAUGAGGCUCUUCAUCGGACGCACUGUGCCCAAGUGCAAAGGGGGAUGGAGUGGGGGAGGGAAGAAGAGAAGGAGACGAUCAAAGCCGGCGUCGUACAAGUUGAAACCAGCGUCAAGUUGAAGAACGGGAGGAAAGGUAGAAUUAUAAGCUUUCCUGCAGACGUUGGAGGCAAGAUAGGUUACAAGCUUGGAACGCUUCUUCAAACUAUCAACCGCAGCCUUUCAUCCCCACCGCUUACGCCCUCCAUUCUACAAGCCUCCAGAGCUUACUUGUUUCUUCUCCCCCAAGAAACGGCUUCAAACCGAGAGCAAAUAGUUGGUUGUGUCAUUGCACAAAGAAUUUCAGAAGCAAUGGCCAUCGCUGGCGCUGAGGAACCAACCGCCUCAACAGCUGCUCCUCCGACAAUCGAUGUCGGAGAAGGCUUGUUCUGUCAUACAACCCCCCUUCCUACACCGUUGGGGAUACCUCGGCUCUUCGUCACCUCUACUCAUCGCAGACAAGGCAUCGCUAGUUAUCUCCUGACCGCCGCCGCCAAUACCAUGAUCUAUGGCUGCAAAUUAGAUCCAAGAAAGGGUGAGGUAGCUUUCACGCAGCCGACCAGAGAUGGGAGUAGGGUGAUGCAGAAAUGGGGAGGUGGCAGUGUUCGAAUCUAUGAAGAGUGA